AUGUCGCUGGAAACUCGCGAGAUCCAGGCCACUGGGACUCAGAGCGUCCGUCCAUCCGUCCAUCCGGGUGGGGAGGACCGAGGAAGGGCAGAAAGCAUCCCCUGCAUGGGCGACGAGGAGCCCCGGAGUUUCAAGGACGAGGCGCUGGACCAAACGCGCCUGGCGCUGCCCAUUUGCGCCGGACUGCUGUCGACGCAGGUGGUGAACCUCGUCUCCACGGUGCUCGUGGGACGCCUGGGCGCCCGCGACCUCGCUGCGGCCAGCCUGGCGGUGAGCCUGGCGAACGUCUCCGGCUACAGCGUCAUCGUGGGGGUGGCCAGCACCCUGCAGACCACGGCAGGGCAAGCUUUUGGCGCUCGGAACUUCGAAGAAGUCUCCUUGAGCUUGCAGCGCUGCAUGCUGCUGUGUGCGGUUUUCCUUUGCAUCGUCGCGGCCUUGUGGUUCAACAGCCACUCCCUGCUGCUUCUGGGCGGCCAGGAGGAAGCGAUUGCGGCCAUGGCGGCACAGUAUUUGCACAUUUUGCUUCCAGGGCUGUGCUGUUUCGUGGUCACCCAGUGCCUCCAGCAGCUUGAUCCGCACGGCGUAGAGCAGCCGAGCUUGGGGGCUCUGUUGUGUGAGACUCCCUUCGCCAAUGGGUUUCUGGCCUCAAAGGAUAUUGUGGUGGUGUUGCCACCGCCCUCGUUAUUUUACAACAUGAACUGGCUGGCGGGGCAGCGUGUGACCGGUGUGCAGGGCAGCAGCGGCUUCGUCUUGGCGGUGGUCCAUUUACCGCUCUGCUGGCUGCUGGUGCAGCAGAUGGGCUAUUUGGGGGCGGCAGUGGCCACCUCCAUGGGGAACUGUUUGCGGCUGAUCUGGGUGAUCUACAAGCAGCCCGGCUGGCCCAGCUUCCUUCGCUUGGCCUUGCCCAACUUCCUGAUGAUCUCGGAGUGGUGGGCAGCCGAGAUCAUCGUGCUUCUGGCGGGCACGUUGCCCAAUGCCGAAGCGAACUUGACGGCGAUGGCCAUCUUCUCCAACACCUGUUCCCUUUGCUUCUACUUCCCCUGUGGCCUGGGCAUGGCCACCAACACCCGCGUGAGCAACGAGCUGGGCGCCGGACGCGCUCAUGGUGCGCGCGCAGCCAUGCGCGUGAGUAUGUUGCUGGGUUUGGGCUUGGUGAUGCUCACGUCCUUAGCGGUGCUCUUGGGCCGCCAUGGCUGGCUACGCCUCUUCACCGCGGACCGCGCGGUGGACGCCACCGCGGAGCCGGUGCUGCAGGUGGCCAGCGCCUACGUGGUCUUCGAUGGGCUCACCAUCGUGGUGAACGGCGCGCUGAAGGGCUGCGGCCGCCAAAUGAUCCAGGCGCCUAUCGUGGUGGCGUCCUACUACUUGUUGGGCCUCCCGAUCGCUUGGCUGUUGGCCUGGCCGGAGCACCUGGCCACCCUGGGCCUGGCGCUGGGCGCGCUCGUGGGCACGGCGGCCAACCUCUUGGGCUUCCUGUGGUGGCUCGGUGGGAAGAGGAAGACGAUACUUCCCACCAACUCCACUGGAAAAGCAUCAGUAGUUAUCUGUGGCCCAGUCCCCGCACCUGCCAGCUGCUAG